UAAAAAUAAAAAUUCAAGUCCCGCGAAGCCCUAAUCCCCUCCUUCCCCCUUAAACCCUAAACCCCUCCUCUCACUCCUCUAACCCAAAAUGUACUCCUCCAUCCUCCGUCGACCAAACUCCACCACCUCCCCACCCCUUCUCUCCUCCCUCACCUUCCUUCGCCCCAUGGGCGGCGGCCCCCGCACCUUCCCCGGCGGCCUCAACAAAUGGCAGUGGAAGCGCAUGCACGAGAAAAAAGCCAAAGAGAAAGAGAAAAGACUCCUCGAUCAGGAGAAGCAACUCUACCAGGCCCGGAUCCGGUCCCAAAUCCGUGCCGAACUCGCUCCGCAACAACCACCAGGUAACAGACAGCCCGACCCGAACUACGGCCCCAUGAGCGCCGAUGACCACAUUAAAGCCCUGGCUGAUAGGUUUAUGAAAGCCGGGGCCGAGGAUUUGUGGAACGAGGCCGACGGCCCGAUCAAGUCGGCUCCGGAGCCGAAGCCGGUUGACCGAUCGGGCCGAACGCCCAUUGAUAUAAGGAAGUUGAUUUCUGAGAGUGAGGGAAGGAAUUCGACGGAUUUAAUGAAGUCGUCGAAACCUCGGUACUACUCUGUUUGUAGGUUGAGUUGGAAUGGAUCGAGGUUCGGUUUUGAGAGAAAUGAUAGUGAUAAUAGAUUGGGGGAUCGAGGUUUGAUUAGUCGAUUGAUCGGAACGAAUUUUGGCUUACGGGAGUUGAUGUCGGAUUGUGAUAGGGCUCGGGAUUCAACGUGUUUGAAUGGUGGUUUGAAAAGUAGGUGCUACUCGGUGUUUACUCGGAGGGGUGUGAAAGGCUCGAGGUUCGAUUUUAGGAGGAAUGAGAGUAGUGAGGACGAGGAUUCAGAUGAUGAGUUCGGUGAUGGUGAGGAAGGGAAAAUGAGGGGUAGGGAUAAUGCUGGGAAGUUGAUGAGUAGUGCUGGUUUGGGGAAGUAUGAUGUGAAGAAAACGAGGCGAGUGCCGUUGAAGUUUUUGGAAGAGGAGGAGAAUUUGUCAGAGCGUGUUGAGGCUAUUAGGAAAGAGUUUAACAUGAGGAAUUCGGUGCAGAAUGCAGUGGACAGAAGUGAUGAGGACUCGAUUCUUAGUGAAAAGAGAUUUGAUGAGUGUGAUGUAUCUCCCUUGACUGUUAAGGCGCUUUCUGAGGCAGGCUAUGUCCAAAUGACCAGGGUACAAGAGGCUACACUUUCUGUUUGCCUUGAUGGAAAGGAUGCUUUAGUCAAGGCUAAAACUGGCACUGGAAAAAGUGCUGCUUUUUUGCUACCUGCAAUUGAAACAGUUUUGAAGGCUUCAAGUAGCAAUACCGUUCAGCGAGUGCCACCCGUAUAUGUUCUUAUUCUCUGUCCCACACGAGAACUUGCAAGUCAGAUAGCUGCAGAAACAAAUGUUAUGCUGAGGUACCAUGACAGUUUUGGGGUCCAAACACUGGUUGGAGGUACUAGAUUCAAGGUUGACCAAAAACGCCUGGAAUCAGAUCCAUGCCAGAUAAUCGUUGCAACUCCUGGUAGAUUGUUGGAUCACAUUGAGAACAAGUCUGGCUUAUCUGUGCGUUUGAUGGGACUGAAAAUGCUUAUCCUUGACGAAGCGGACCACUUACUAGACUUAGGAUUUCGGAAGGACAUGGAGAAAAUCGUUGAUUGUUUACCCCGACAAAGGCAGUCUCUCCUGUUCUCCGCCACAAUCCCCAAGGAGGUUCGCCGAAUAUCUCAGCUUGUUUUGAGAAGGGAACAUGCUUAUAUCGACACUGUAGGUCUGGGUUGCGUGGAAACUCCUGCUAAGGUUAAGCAGUUUACUCUUGUUACUCCGCAUGAGUUGCAUUUUCAAGUGGUGCACCAUCUCUUGAAUGAACAUAUCUCACAAACACUUGAUUACAAGGUGGUUGUUUUCUGUACAACUGCAGUGGUAACAUCCCUCAUGUUUCUUCUUUUGAGGGAUAUGAAAAUGAAUGUCAGGGAGAUACAUUCCAGGAAGCCUCAACUCUACCGUACUCGUAUAUCUGAUGAAUUCAAGGAGUCAAAACGAUUGAUUCUUAUUACAUCAGAUGUAUCAGCUCGUGGCAUGAAUUAUCCUGAUGUUACUUUGGUCAUUCAGGUGGGUAUUCCGUCUGAUCGCGAAAACUAUAUUCAUCGUCUUGGAAGAACAGGGCGGGAAGGCAAAGAAGGAGAAGGGAUUUUGUUGCUUGCACCAUGGGAAGAGUAUUUCCUGCAUGAAAUAAAAGACCUGCCUGUUGAAAAAUAUCCCGCCCCACAACUAGAUCCAGAUGUGAAAAUAAAGAUAGAGAAUUCAAUGGCAAAGAUUGAUACUAGCAUGAAAGAAGCAGCUUAUCAUGCUUGGCUCGGGUACUACAACUCAAUCAAGGAAAUUGGAAGAGAUAAAACUAUACUUGUCGAGCUAGCCAACCAGUUUUGUCAUUCUAUUGGCUUAGAGAAAACUCCAGCUCUCUUCAGGAAGACUGCUCUAAAAAUGGGUUUGAAAGAUAUCCGUGGAAUAAAGAUUCGCAGAUAACCUAUGAACUGUUUAUCAUUAAGAAGGUGCUAUAUAUGUAAUACAUUUGGCUAGUACCCCAAGACAAGAGGGGACUGUAUUUUUGGCCGAUCGCACCCAGAACAAUUCCAUGCUCCUAUGAACAUUGUGUUGCUGAUAAGAAGGGACGGUAUUGCCAGUGAAAGUAGAUACAGUGGUCGGAUGCCCUGAUUUCGAUACAAC